AUGAUUAUUUAAAUAAACAAUAAGUAAAGUAUCAAAAUUAUUAAAUUUAAAUAUAAUCAAUAAGAAAAUUUAGACAAAUUGGAUUUACUAAACUUUUAAGAUAUGAUACCCAAUUUUAUUUAAUUAUCUCAUAUGAAAUUAAUUGAGAAUUUUAUUUCAGGUAAGCAAAAUAAAUUUUAUUAAUAACUUAAUGAAUCUUACAUAUAAAUAUCAUAAUGUUUGUGUAAAAAAAUUGAAUUACUUAUGGAUUUAAGUUAAUUAAACUUAACCUCUAUUGAAAUGAUAGUAUUUUUUAGAAAAAAAAAGGAGAAUUCUUAUAGUAUAUUUUUAGAUGAUAGUAAAAGAAUCAUAAAUAUUGAUGAUGAACUUUUUUGUGAAGUAUUCAAUAUUGAUGGAGCAUUUGCUUAAUAUUUUAUUGGUUUAGAUAUUUGUAUUAUUUUUGAUAAUAUUGAUUAAUUACAAUAAAAUACAAUUUAUAGUUUAUAAACCUUUUAUUUUGUAGAUCCAAAUAAAAUAAAUUCAUCUUAUUUUAUAUAAUCAUCAUAAAUAAAAAUUUAAUCUUUAUGGAAUUAAUAGUCAACUUUGAUAUAUUAUUAAUGUGAUUUAUAACUUUCCAAUAAAAGAAAUGAAUUUGGAUCUAAUUAUUUUGAACUUAUAAUAAAAAAUCCAAAACGUUUAUAUAAUAAUGGAGAUACUUAUAUUUAUUAAUUUAAAUAAUCAGAAAAAGUAAUUGCUACUACACAUUUGGAUGAGUCUAUUAUAGUUGAUAAACCUUUUGUGUUAGAUUAGAGUAUACAUGAAGAAAAAUUAUAUCAUUAAUAAUUUGUUUAAAAAUCUGAAUUAGCAUGUUAAAAUUUAAUGUAAUCAGAUAUAUAAUAAGAUUAAUAAUUUGUUAUAAUGAAAAAUGAUGAAGAAUAAAAUAUAAGUGAAGAAAUAGAUAUAAAUACAGUAAGGAAAAAACAAAAAAAUUAAAAAUUAUAAACAGAAGGUAUAUCAUCUCAAUAAUCUGGUGUUUCAGCUAUGUAAAAAUCAAUUUAUUUUCGAUAAUUUUCUCUUGUUAAUGAACUUGCAAACUCAAAAAAAAUCCCUUAAAUUUUUAAAAGGAUGAUAUAUUUCAGAAUACUUUUAAUUUUAAUAUCCAUAAUUGGUUUUAGUUUGGUAAUUAUUAAUAUUAUAAAAUAUAGUAUUUGUAUGAAAUAGAUCUUUUUCAUCAUUUUCAGAAAGAUUUCAAACUAUUAAGUAUGAAAAAUGAUAUAUUUUAUCCAAUUUUAUCCUUUCAAUUGAUUCGUUUAUCAAUAGUUAAUUAUAAUGUUGAACUAUAUUUGAAAUUGAUUACUUAAUAGUAAUUUAUGGAAUUAUUAGUUUAUCCAAAAUCUAAAUUAAUUGGAAGUUAUGAAAAACUAAAAAGUGGGAUUUCAGGUAUUUUAACAGAACCUAUUUUUUUUUCUCUUUAUCAUGAUUAAUAUUUAAAUUUGGAAUUUUUGUAAAAAGGAAAUAUUGGUGAAACAAAUGAACUUAAUCUUCGAAAUAGUUUGAUUACUUUAUUGAAUUAUUAAUUUGAUACUUAAAAUGCAUAUAUUUAAAAUGGAUAAGCUGAUUAUGAAAGUUCUUACUUUUAUUAUAAUUACAAGAAUUUGCAUACUUUAUUAAAUGCAUUUACAGAUGCAAAUCAAAUUGCUUAUGAUUCUUAAUAAUAAAAUUUAGAUGAUUCUUAGCAGAAAAUAUUAAUUCUCUUUUUUGUUUUAUUUUUCUUUUUUAUAAUGAUUUAAUUUACAUUAACAAUUUCUGAUUUAUUGUUUUAAAUAUAAAAGGAAAAACUCAAAUUAUUACUAUUAAAUUAAGAUUAAAGUUUCUUAAAUUUAGAAAUAUAAAGAUUAACUAUAUUGUAAGAAAUGAUUGAUAAAAAUUAUCAUUAAAUUUAAAAUUAUAAACUUAAUUUUUAAGAAAAAGAUUAGUAUUUUGGAAUGAUUAAAUCUUAAUGUAAUUAACAAUAAAAACAUUAAUUAAAAAAAAACUAAAUUCUUGCUUAAUAUUAUAAACCUAAAUCAAUUUUACUUACAUUAACACAUUUUUUAAUAUUAGCCUUAUCAUUUAUAAUAUUGACAAUACAAAUUUAUGAUACAUAUUCAAAAAUAAAGUAAACUGGUAAAUUAUAUGAAGUAUUUGCUAAUUUAAAUAUAAAUGUUUUAAGUCUCUAUUAAUCAAGAGAAGUACUUUAUUAUAAAACAGCAUUACCAUUUUUAAAUUAAACAGAUCUCAAUUAAUAUUACAUAAUUGCAUAAUAAGGAUUAUCAGGAUUGUAAUAAUAUGUUGAUUAAUAAUGGACAUUUUAACCUAAUAAUUAUUUUUUUGAUUAAGAAUUUUCUAGUCUUUUGGAUAAUUUUAGUAAUGGUAAUUUAUGUGAAGAAUUAAUUGUAAUUCUAUUUUAAAUUAUAUUAGGUAAUUGACAAAUCUUUGAAUAUUUGUAAUAAUGUACUUGGUGGAGUUUUAUAGAAAGGAUUUUCAACAGCAUUAAUUGAUAUAAAAAAUCAGAUAAAGACUGAAUUUGAAUAUACAAAUUUUACAAAUAGAUCAACUUAUCCAAUUUUAGAAUUAGAAGGAAUUACAAUAUUAAGUUAUAGUCUAUAAUAUAUAAUUGAAAGAUUUUAUUCAGAUUUAUUUUAUUAUAAUUAAAGUGUUGAAGUAAAUUAUAAUGUAAUAUAUAAAUUAAUAUUUAGAUAAUUACAGUAGCUUGUUUAUGUAUUUCAAUAAUAAAUGGAUUAUUAUUAAUUAAAUUUGAUUAGAUAAUUUAAUUAAGAAAUUAUAAACUAUUGACAAAAUUUAUAUAUUCAGUACCUUUGACAUCAAUCUUAUUUGAUGAUAAUUUUUUAAGAAAUACUAGAAGUUAUUUUGUAAAUGAGAAAUUGAUAUGA